AUGUCAGCUGCGAGAGUCUUGUAUUGCUUUUCGACGAUCCGCAAACACUUGAGCAUUCCUGCGCUAUAUCUCUCAUUCCCAUCGGAACGCGAUGAACUUGAACUGAAUCUCUUGAUGAAACACGGAGUUGUCCAAAGGCAUCGGGAUCGCGAAUUGUUAAGGAAACACGGAAUAACGAAGGAAUGCAGUGUGAGCCUUCAGUCGAACAAUCAUGUACUGGAUUGGGGGUACAUGGCAUUAUACGAUGAUUCAACUACGCUGGAAGUACUUGAAAAAAAGUCCGCUGAACUUGUAUUUAAAAAUAUAGAGAAGCAUAUUGCUCGUCGGAACGACACGAUGAUCCGUUUGGCAGAAAUUAAAAAGGUUCACAAGGGAAAAUUCAUCAUGAGACAUCAACUGGACUUUGAUAUAAUUUUUUAUUUCUCAAAUUACUUCGAUUUGAUGUUCAAAUACUUGACGCCGCAACAAUUGCAAAGCGACGAAGCAUCGUAUUCGGGGAUUUACUUCGAAAAUUGGUUCAACAAUGAUUGGAAAACGUUGAAAAAAAUAAUUCCAAAUUGGCAAGAGUACAAAAAAGCUCGAUCGGAAUGGAAGUUGAACGACGAAUGGGUCUUAGUUGAAGACGAAAAUGAAUUUUAUAAAGAGCGCUUUAAAAUGUUCCUGGAGGACUCAAAUGUGACAGAAAUUGUCAAAAAGUACUACUUAGAUGGAAGAACAGAACGAGAACUGGCCGAAAAUUUUUACAAAGAAUGGUGCAACGGAACCUGUCACGAAGAAAUUAUCUUCAAAACAGUCUUAACGUACGAAAAAUUCCGAAAGUCAAACGUUUUGGACAUCGUCAUAAGCUCUUUCUUACCACAUUACAAGGAAAACUUCUCUCUAACGAACGUUGAACGUGUUUUGAGGAGAUUUUUCAACGAAGAAAUCGUAAAUGCGACAUCACUGAGUCCAGAUAUAAAGUUUAUCGAUGGAACUACUGUCAAAAAUUAUCACAUUCCAACAAUUGAGAAUAAAGUUUGUGAGUUUCACGAAGUCAGUGAGCUCGAAGAAAAAGAUUUUAUCGAUAUAGUUGAAGCACAGGAGGUAGAAACUGUUGAAAAUAUCGAAAAUUGGCUGAAAAAUGACACCAAAACAUCGACAGAAUGUAAAAUUUUGAAAAUAAUUAAAGAUUUAUAUGGAGAUUCUUCAAUUGAGGAGGACACAUCGAGUGGUCCAGAAAAAAUUUUCACUGAUAAUGAGACUCAAAAAAUCAACGAGACUGAAAUUUCUAAAGAAACUGAAAAAAAUUCAAGCGUCCCUGAAGAUUUUGACCUUUCAAAUGAGGAUUUAAGUAAGAAAAAUCAGGAAAAUCAGACUCCUUCACCUCAAAAACGCUCCGUGGCUCCAAUACAAGUUCAACUAAUCGACACAAAUACUCCAACAACUUUCUUCUGUGCUGACGAUGACAAUACCCAAACUGUCGUAAAACGCCCAAGAAUCCUCCGACAUCUUCCAUUUGAUCAACGAGACUUGACACCAACGAUGCAAGGAGCUGUUGAUAGAAUUUUGCAUGAUCAGGACGAAGAUGAGCCAAUCGGACUCACUUUAGCGAAAGAAUUUACAGAAUUGCUCAAGACUCCCGUCGCACCUUCCAGCCGAAAACGCUUUUCCAAUAUUCAACCAACAACGAAAACACCCAGAAGACACACGAGAGCGCAAAUUCAGCGAUUUUUGGACGUUGAGGAGCAGAGCGAGAGAAAUUCUUUCAAUAAUAUGUCACCUUCGAUGGGUUUCCGUUAAUAAACGAAGAAAAAUUUCGGGUGUCGAGGGCUUCCAAAAGACAUUUUCGUAAUUUUUCGCUUUUAUUGUAGACUA